CAUUAAGCCCAUAUUUCUGGUACGGGUCAGUUCUUCCGAUGAGGAAUUAGCAGUCAUAUUCUUCUCGAAAGAAAUUGGAGAGAAGCUUCUCGAAAUUCAACACUUUUAAUCUGUGCGAAAAUUCAAUCGCAAGGAUGAUCAGCAUCCUUACUCAGGAGCGUCUUCUCGGCGCUGCUUUAGGUACCGUAUUGACAAGCGUGGUGGUUUUUGAACAACGGAAAAGCAUAUAUAAGAGUAUCUCUGAGAAUCAAUCUAGAUUUUCCCCUCAAUCUCAGACAACAGUGUACAGUCCAAAAAAGGAGUCUGGCAUAGAGUUUGCACACCUAUGGAACAAAGCUGUGGAUCAGGCGUUAGGGCCUCUCAUCAAGAACCUUGGAUCUCGUGGAUGGUAAAACUGUUGUGUGAUUCCACAGCCAAUCUAGAGUUCGUCUCUUUUAUCGUGUAAGAUUCUUACAAGCACAGAUGCAGUGCAUUCUCAAUUCUAGAACUUGCAGUUCUCGCCGAUACUGUAUUAUUUUGUUGUUGAAGCUAUUGAUGUUUCUUUCCCAAGGAUCACUUGACAAUUUUUUUUAUUUGUGUUGUAAACACUUAAGUGCUCCAUAGUACCCUGCUUUUAACUAGACCCAUAUUGCUUUGGAAUGUACAUUAGUAAAGUAAAUUGAACUGUGAUGUUGGUUGAACCCGAAUAGAAGACCAUUCUCUA